GAUGAUUUCCAGAAUGAGGCGGAAGGUGAUUUCAUGGACAUUCUGUGCUUGGACGAGAGCAUGCUGCAGCUUGAGGAUGACAUCUUGGCUAUCGCCGACGAUGACAUCGCUGGUCCCAUCAAUCAACUGAACCUCCUGGCGCCUGCGACUGUGGAUAUCCGGCCCAUGAACGAAGUUCCGACUCCUCUCCCUCCUUGGGAUUCCGAG